AUGACAGUUCAUUGGGCACACGUCGGUUUAGGACUAGUACAAAGCCUAUCAUUUAUCGGCCCUGUGCGGGCACAGUACAUAUCCUCAGCCAUCCAAACAGAUGGUGUGUCGGAACCUUCACUUAUUUGUACUUACACAACCCGCAACAGUGGUGCAACUCCAUCUUUGAAAUGCUACUUGCCUCAUGAGUUGUCCGGCAAUCAUGAGCUUGAACGAGGAGCCAUGAGCCAUGCCACGGCGCUUACUCCACUAUUAUUCCCUGCUUGA